CACAUUAAGGUUAAGAAUUAGAUUAUCAGUACCUGUGUCAUAGUUGUAAAGUGUCGAUUUGUUACACGCUAGUUGCCACAGAAAUUCAUUAAAACAUACCAGGAUAAAUUGUGUGUUAAUCAAGUCUAUUAGUGAAAAAUUAAAAACAACAACCUUUCAAGGUGUUUUAUUUUAUCUAGUCAAUAAAAGCCAGUAAAAUAAAAUGAGUCUUAAUUUUGAUGGCAAGGUUGCCCUAGUAACAGGCUCUAGUUCGGGUCUAGGAGAAGCGAUAGCUCUUUUGUUCGCAGCACGUGGAGCUCGCGUGACAUUGUGUGGUCGUGAUGCUGAGCGUCUUUUAAAAGUAGUUGAUUCGGCUACAGAGAUCAGUGGUGGUCACAGGGAGAGAUUCAUUUCCGUCACUGGAGAUGUUAACGAAGCAGCCGCCAGAAAAAAAAUCGUAGAAGAGACAAUAAAGGCUUUCGGACAGCUGGACAUCUUAGUAGCCAACGCUGGAGUAUCCAUUCCCAAUGGAACCCUCACGGACGCUACUCCAGAAAUCUACGACCAGCUCAUGAACACCAAUGUCAAGGCCGUGUUUUUCUUGAUACAGGAGGCGCUGCCUUUUCUGGAGAAGUCCAGAGGAAAUAUUGUCUGUAUGUCGUCAAUGCUUAGCUCUCUUGUAGCCGUGCCCUCCUGCAUCUAUCCUAUGUCAAAGGCUGCAGUAGAUCACUUGGCGCGGUGCCUUGCUGUAGAGCUCGGACCUAAGGGCAUUCGUGUUAACACCGUGAACCCUUCCUUUAUUCCCACACGCAUUAGGAGAUCUUACGACCACAACGAUGCUUGGUUCGAAAAGGAAAAGGCUAUCUUACCUUUACAAGGUCUGGAUGCCACAGCCCAGCACGUAGCUGAAGCUGUGCUGUUCUUGGCUUCGGACGCGUCUGGAUUUACAACUGGACAACAUCUGAAGAUAGAUGGAGGGAGGAGCUACGCUGGUCCAUUUGGAUCUCCACCCAAACCGAAAGAUAACUGAGAACAUCUUGUUCAUAUAGACAUUGCCAUUCUUGAUUGUAUCGAUCAACAUUUUGUUGUCACUAUAACAAAGACUACAUUAACAAAGACUACAUUAACAAAUACUACAUUAACAAAGACUACAUUAACAAAGACUACAUUAACAAAGACUACAUUAACAAAGACUACAUUAACAAAACGUUCAAAUAAAGACAAGAAUUCAGCUUAUGUUAUGAACUUGAUGAAAUUAUUUCUUUUUUAUUUUAAAUUAUAUCAUUUAAGUGCAUCACAAUUGAUUGUGUUUUCAUAAACUUCAAAAUUUAUUUCAAAUGGUAAGAUGUUACAAGUCUAUUUUGUAAUCCUGAAUUUUAAUUGUAGCAUACUGCAUUAGACUACAUAAAAGGGUGAUAUAAAUAUUUGCUUUCUAAGUUACUUUAUGAUUAGUCUUUUCCAAUGCAGCCGCUCUUGAAGAUAGAAACUGGUUUGACCAAAACUGAAAAUUAUUAAUACAAAUUUUUAAUAACAAAAUGUUAUUAUAUUUUUUUCUGCAAUGUUUAAGCAGCAGGUCAUUGGCCAGGAGCUCAGACACCCAACAAAGUGCUUCCACCCCCUAAAAAAUAGAAUUUCAAUUUAUUUGUUCAAAUAUUAUUAAUUGAUCAUUUCGUUAGAAUAACUCUUCCUGAUUUAUUGAGCUGAUUGACUCAAAAAUAAAACCUUACUUCUUCAACAGUAUUGUGUUGAGGUUUUAUCUUGCGAUUUUUUUCCUAUGACAGUGUAAAAACAUAAUCAUUAGCUCUUAAAAGAAUGUUUAUUUAAAAGUUUUUCUUAUCUGAAAAAAUCAAAAUGACAUAAAAUCUUUUCAGUUUUCAUUUGAAACAUUUUGUUUAUUGUAUCAUGAUAGGUCUCAGUUUAUAUCAUUUAUUGUAUCAUGAUAUGUCUCAGUUUAUAUCAUGUCUCAGUCUGUAAAAUGUCUCAGUCUGUAUCAAGUCUCAUUUUUUAUCAUGUCAUAGUGUGUAUCAUGUCUUUGCCUCAUUUUGUAUCAUAUCUCAGUUUGUAUCAUAUUUCAGUUUUAUAUCAUGUCUCAGUUUGUAUCAUACCAUAGUUUGUAUCAUAUUUCAGUUUUAUAUCAUGUCCAAGUUUGUAUCAUAUCAUAGUUUGUAGCAUGUAUUAGUUUGUCUCAUUUUUUAUCUAGUCUCAGUUUGUAGGUCCCUAUCAGUUGGGCCUUUUGAAAGUUUCACUUCAGGAUCAUAGGUUAUGGCAAUCGUCAAAUUCAAAAUAAUGCUGUACCGUACAUUAUGCUGUAAUAAGCAUAUUUUUUUGUGUAGUAAAUUUUCCGGUACCAUUUCUACCGGGCACUAACUCACUGGCGGAUCCAGGGGUGGGCGGUAGGGCGGACGAAUUUUAGUAAAGAAAUCACACAAUUUGUAUGUGAAUUUAGUAGUUAUGUUAAUAAUAUAUACUAAUUAUUUAUAUUUCAACCUAUUUUUAGAUUAUUUCGCCCCCCCCCCUCUAGUAUGUUGGCCGAUUUGGUGGGAUGGGGAGGUGGCGAUUUCAUCAAUCCCACCAUAAACUUUCGAGUGGGGGGGGGGCGGUCCAAUUUAAGUUUAUAAAUCACAACUUGUUAACAGAAUCAAUUAAAUAUCAAUAUAAUUAAAACUUGUUAUUUAUAUUUUAACCUAUCUUUAAAUAAUGUUUUUAUGUCGUUCCCUUGUUACCCGAUUGGGUGGGGUGCGGGUGGAGUGAAUCCCACCUAAACCCUUCGAGGGGGGGGGGGUCCUACUUUUAUUUAGAAAUCUUAGAUUGUGUACAAAAUUAGUUGAAUUUCUAUAUAAUUUUUAUAUUAUGUCGAUAAACUUUUGGUAUCUUAUCCGAUUCGGUGAGGUGGACGGGGGGGGGGGGGGGGGCUAUUGCUUUUACUGCACUCCCCACUCUAGCCCUUUGAGUUGGGGGGGGAGGUCAUAUUUUUAUUGAGAAAUCAUAGUUUGUGAAAAGUAGUUGAAUAUACAUAUAAUAUAAGCUACAUAUUGAUGUUUUUACCCAUUUGUAUAUUAUGUCGCUCAAACACUCUGAUCUCAAAUUUUAUCAUUAGUAAAUAUAAAAUGAAAAAGGGUUGUUCCAGGUGGGAGGUGCGAUACAUGCAAUCGCCUUCCGUUCAUCGGACAAACCAAUACUUUUUUCUUUUAAUAUUUUAGUUAAGAAAUUACACAAUUUAAAAAAAAAUUGUCACUUAUAUAUUUUAUAUAUUCUAUAAAUUAAAUUCUUAUAUCGAGUCGCCCCACCCCCUAUUCUUUAUUGCCAAAUGCAAUCAUUAGCACAAAUUAUAAAAAGUAGCGAGAAUUAACGUUUUCACUCUACCACCCUCUCCCCUUUCCAGACGAAAACUUGACGUUUUAAAACAAAAUAGUCAAAUAUGGGACAACGUUAUGUAAUUGCACACGAGUUUAUCUUAGUUACGUUAAGAAAGACUUUGGUUUGGAAAAUUUAGAAUUCAUGCGAAAUGUUUCAUUCUAAGAGUCACACUUGAGAUGACCUCUGAACCCAAAUAUUGUUCUCCUAGUCAACGUUUCGGAACCUUUACUUAGACUGAUAGUUUUCUAUUGUAUACACAAAUGUGGGACUAUAAUUAUGCUUGGAUUCCAACAUGCAAAAAAUUUAGAGUAGAAUCUUAUUUGCCCACUUAAUUUCUCCUCCCACUUCCGAAAUUUUUUGUUUAGAGCUUUGAAUUAUAGUUCUGUCACAAAACAAAAGUUACAAACAUGCCUAUUGAACAAAAUGUAACACUUACAAAUGAGCUUUUUUAAAAAAUAUUGAUUUUCGAAUAAUUUUUUUUUUCGGGGGCGAUCCUCAAAGUCUUAAUCUAAAUAUGUGGGGCAUCUUAAUCUUUUCAAGGAACAAAUCGGUUGUAUUUCCAUUGUAGUAAGGGUCUGUAAAUUCAUAUUAGAAUAUUUUUCAAUUAAAACAUUAUUCGAAAGGUCCUUUUUUAAUAACAUGAAUAAUGAGCUGUAGAUGUCAGGAGAAUGCGUUUCUGCAGUGAAGAAUGCAAAAAAACGCUUUUUGCUGUACGCGCGUUUAUGCUUAGGGUUAGGGUUUGGAAAACAAUCGCCCCCCCUCCCCCACUCCAAAGUUCUGGAUCCGCUAGUGCACAACUUAGGAAAUGGACACUAGCUAACUACUAACGGUUUUUGUUUGUGUAUAGGGGUUAGGAUCAGGGUUAGGGGAGGUCACUUGUUUCCCACUACCUAAAAUAAAAAGACCAUUUUUCUUAUCAUUCUGAUUGGUUGAGUUUGUUUUACUCCCUUUGAAUUAUAGCCAAUCUGUUGACCUACAACUACAGUUCUUGUCAAUGUGUCAAGUCUGUUGUUCUCUCGUUUUUAAAGCAGAGCGUUUUGGCGUCGCUGUUUUUUUUUUUUUGUUGUUGUUUUUUUUGGCGACGAGGUGGAUUUGGAGCUAAAUGCUUUAGGCAUAUUCUAUAUGUUCAUUAGCCUUCAAAAAAGAAUAUUACAUCUCUUAUUUUUACAUGUGUGUUUGUGUUCAAACAUUUUUGUGGGGAAAGAACAAAAGUUUUGUGUCCGAAAAAUUUUGGAUUUAGGUUUGUUAUGUUAAUAUUGUUGUGUUAAUAUUGUUAUGUCAGUUCCCAUCCUAAUAUGGGUUCUAAUAUUGUCCAUUAACCCAUCUGGCUCAGCAUGUAUGCAUAUAUAUUUGUUUAAGUUUGUCAUCAUUAUUACAAAGCUCAUAUCAACUCUGUCUGUCUGUUAAAAAGUUUGUACACCUUAUUUCUCCCACACCCUAUGAACAGGCUGAAAUUUCGCACAAUUAUUUCUUUUACCUGACACUACAAGAAUCAAUUGGUAAUUUUUUUUCUGACAAGGGAAAUAAAUUGUACUUGAGUGAGGUGGUGGUAUAAGCUGAAUUAGCUUCCUUUAUAGGUCGUCGUCUGAAUCUUAGUGAACAGAAAAAUGAAAUAGAGCUAUAGAAACAAAAGAUAAUUAUACGACUAGCAGAGUGGUUACUGUGUUGGCUUGAGAAGCCUAAGAAGGCUUUAGCCCACGAGUUUGAAUUCAGGUCGCUUCCCCCCUUUUUUGUUUGUUUUUAUAAAUGCUUUUUAUAUUGUUAGUCUAGAUCUAUUACAAAUUUAAUUACAUGACUGAUAUAAGCUAAUUGAUAGACGUACGCUUAAUAUAAACUUUUUUUAUAGUA